UUUUUUAGAGCUAUGAAGGCUGUAUAUGAAGUAGAGGUGACCACAGGCUCCAUGGCCCACGCAGGCACUUUUGACAAUAUAUUCAUAACUCUGAUUGGCACUGAAGGAGAGAGCGAGCGGACCAAGCUUGACACCUAUGGAAGAGAUUUUAAUAUAGGAAUGAAAGUUACGUACAAAGUGACGACCAGGUUAUCUCUUGGCACCUUGCUACUGGUCAGACUUGAGAAAGAUAAUUUCCUGUUCUUGCCAGAAAAUGACUGGUUUUGCUCUUUGGUGAACGUAGAAACCCCUGAAAAAGAUGUGAUCAGUUUUCCAUGUUAUCAAUGGAUGACAAAGAGAGAAGUGAUUGAGCUGAGGGAGGCCAAAGCUACAAAAAUCUAUGAAGAGCAAUAUCCACAACUGAAAGAGCACAGACAAAACGAGCUAAAGCUGAACAAAGAAGUAUACCAAUAUACUGAGUUUAAAGCCGGUCUCCCAAAACAGGCUGCUUUUCAAGAUCCCUUGUCUGUUCCCUCAGCGGUUCGCUUCUCAUUCACUAAAGACAUAGAUUCAGCUUUUAACUGCUCCUCUGCGCUUGGUGAGAUCAAAAUGAAGAAACUGGCGAAGAAAGCAGAUCAGUGGCCUAACAUCAAAUACAUGAAAAGAGCCUUUAGGCCAUCCAAAACCCCAAUCUCAAAAUAUGUGUAUCUGCAUUGGAAGGAUGAUGAUUUUUUGGGCCAUCAGCUGUUAAACGGCCCCAAUCCACUGAUGCUCCGCAGAUGCUCAGAACUUCCUCUUAACUUUGCUGUUUCUGAUGACAUGGUUCUGCCUUUUCUGGACAGCGGAACUUCUCUAAAUGUGGAGAUGAAGAAAGGAAACAUCUUCUUAUGUGACUACAAGCGACUGGCAGAUUUACAGACUCAGGUCAUCAAUGGGAAGCAGCAGUUUGUCACGGCUCCUCUGUGUUUGUUCUAUAAGAAUCAAGAGGGAAAACUUCUGCCUAUCGCUAUUCAGCUGCAGCAGGAGGCAUCAGAACACAGUCCAGUCUUCCUACCGAGCGACUCUGAGCUGGACUGGCUGACCGCUAAACUCUACGUAAGGAACGCAGACUGUCUGGAGCAUCAGGCGGCUCUUCAUCUGCGUUCACUGCUGGCAGAGACUUUCACACUGUCAUUGCUGAGGAACCUUCCCGCAGCUCACCCAAUACACAAGUUGUUGGUGCCACACAUUCGUUAUACACUUCAGAUGAACAGUCUGGUUCGGGACAGGCUGAUUGGGCCUGAUGGUGUCUUGUCUCAGUGUACUAGUAUUGGGCAUGAAGGGAUGACGGCUUUGAUGAGGAAAGCUCUGUCAGAUCUGACCUACAGCUCUCUCUGUCUGCCUGAAGACAUCAGUGGUCGCCAACUGGACUCUCUGCCAAACUUUUUCUACAGAGAUGAUGGACUGCGCCUCUGGGCCUUGAUAAAUGAUUUUGUUCUGAGUGUAGUGGAGUUUUUCUACCAGAGUGACAGUGAUGUGCAGAAGGACACUGAACUCCAGGACUGGAUCAAUGAGAUCUUCAUUCAUGGCUUUCUGGAGCAGAGCAGCUCUGGAAUUCCUCAGAGUUUGAGCACAGUGGAGGAGCUCAUUAAAUUCAUAACCAUGAUGAUCUUCACAGUUUCAGCUCAACAUGCUGCUCUUAGAGCAGGACAGUUUGACUAUGGCAGCUGGUUUCCUAACACUCCUGGCUCUCUGAAAAGCCCUCCUCCAGCAUGUAAAGGAAGCUCAGAUAAGAAUACUGUUCUGCAGGCUCUGCCCGACACCAACACCUCUGCAAAUCUAGCAUCUGUUUUUUGGCUCCUCAGCAAACCCUCAGCAGAUUUAGUUCAGCUGGGUCAGUACCCUGAGGAUUAUUUCUGCCAGACGGCUGUGCAGAAGAUGAUGAGAAAUUUUCAGGCAGAGCUUUCCUUCUUCAGUGAGUAUGUUGAAGACAGAAACACAGACCUGCUCGUGCCCUACAAAUACAUGAGCCCUCAAAAUAUCUGCAACAGCGUCAGUGUUUGACACGCAGUAUUAUUUUUUAACCUCGAUUUACAGUUGAAAUCAUAAUUAUAAAACCCCCUUUGAAAUUUUUUCUUCUUUUUUAAAUAUUUCCCAAAUGAUGUUUAACAGAGCAAGGAAAUUUUCACAGUAUGUCUGAUAAUAUUUUUUCUUCUGGAGAAAGUCUUAUUUGUUUCAUUUCGGCUAGAAUAAAAGCAGUUUUUAAUUUUUUAAAAGCCAUUUUAUGGUCAAAAUUAUUAGCCCCUUUAAGCAAUAUAUUUUUUCUCGAUAGUCUACAGAACAAACCAUCGUUAUACAAUAACUUGCCUAAUUACCCCAACAUGCCUAGUUAACCUAGUUAAGGCUUUAAAUGUCACUUGUCCUGAAAAAAA